UCUAACAGUAAAAGGGUCCCUGGGAGAUUUUCUGCCUGCAACUAUGAGCUGGAGAGGUAGAAGAUCAAGUUCUGCUCUGGGAAGGUUAGAAACAUCUCAAGUUAACAGCAUCCUGAAUCCAGCAGCGAUCCUGGAGGAGCCUGCGAUGCUUCGAGCUCAGACUUGCCUCGCUAGGCAUCAGCCUUCAAGAGAGUCAAGAUUGCGGAGCAUGGAGCCCCCAGCCUGGAUGCUGCGGGCCUGCCUCACACGCGAGAGGAUGCGCAGCCACUCGGUUAGCACAGAGGAGCCCACUCAUGGGAGGACACCGCUGCAGCAUGGGCAUGCAGACUUGGAGCAGAGCCUGAGAGCAGAAAAGAUUGAAAACCAAGUGACUCUGGAAGAGCUACAAAACUUACAUGCAUUGUUUCAGGAAUAUGAAAGGAGAGGAAGACACCUGCUAGAUAUGGAAACCUUCAAAUGCAUGGUGAAGCAGAGCAUGAGGUCACAGAGCAAAAGUAUUGGACAAAUAGAACAACUUUUCAUGAAAAUAGACUAUGAGGCAAUGGGGAGAAUCCAAUGGGACAGCUUCUGCACCUAUCUGCAGCUGGAGUACUCGGAGCAGGCCAAGGCUGCAGCUCGGCAGAAAGAGAUUUCCUUCCUGCUGCCCGCCAUACAGCAAAGGCUGUCACACGGGGGACCCGUGCUGCGAAUUCUCUCUGUGCCUGAUGACACCUUAAUCACCAUUCGAGAAGAUGGAGCUAUUUAUUUCUGGUCCCUGCAGCUGAAGCUGAAAAGAAAAAAACAGAUUUUUGGCAAGUCCAUCAGUCGGAAGUCCAGAUGGGUGACAGAUAUGGUCUGCAUGCCACAAUACAACAAAUUAAUCAUUGGGACUGGAAGCCGGGAACUGCAGCUGUAUGAGCUCUCCAACUUGGAGCCUUACUGUCAGAUUGCUGGGUUGGAAGCUGUCCCUCUGAAACUGGACUACUGUUCCACGGAUCCUGACAAGUGCCUGAUCCUCUAUGGUGAUGACCAGACCGUGCUGGGAGCGAUGACUGGUUGCUCCCCAACUGUCACCGCUGCAGCACUGCUCAUUUUGUGUAUGAAGUGCCUACCACACUUCAGGUGCCCAGAUAGCAACCAGCAUAAAAGCUCUCGUGCUUGA